GAGCUGGGAAGACAAAUAUUAAACGUGUGAGAGAGAGGAGGAGGAGGGAGAGAGAGAGAGAGAGAGAGGGAGAGAGAGAGAGAGAUCUGUACAACUCACACUUAAAGACUCGGGGAGCUAGCGAACAAAAUGCGAUCCGGAGCUUGGCUGUGGAGUUGAGACAAAAUUUGAACAUCUGUUGUGACAAAGUCGAUGGUAAAAUGAAGACUCCGGCAGAACCAGGCUUUGCGUUCCCAGAUUGGGCCUACAAGCCGGAAUCGAGUCCCGGAUCCCGACAGAUCCAGCUCUGGCACUUUAUCCUGGAACUUCUCCGGAAGGAGGAAUAUCACGAUGUCAUCGCCUGGCAGGGAGACUACGGGGAGUUUGUCAUCAAGGACCCGGACGAGGUGGCCAGACUGUGGGGCGUCCGGAAGUGUAAACCCCAGAUGAACUACGACAAGCUGAGCCGGGCCCUGCGGUAUUACUACAACAAGCGAAUCCUGCAUAAAACCAAAGGCAAACGGUUUACCUACAAGUUUAACUUCAACAAGCUGGUGUUGGUUAACUAUCCUUUCAUUGACAUGGGUGCCGCCGUACCCCAGAGUGCCCCGCCGGUGCCCACCGGCUCCUCCCACUUCCGCUUCCCCCCCUCCACGCCCUCGGACGUCCUUUCCCCGGCUGAGGAGCUGCGCUCGCCGGCCGCCUACUCGGCUGUGGUCCGGCGCAUGGGCCGCGGCUCGGUCAGCGACUGCAGCGACGGCACCUCCGUCAACUCGGAGGUGGAGGAGGGGCUGGGCGAGGACCGGCGGGCGGCCGACCUCAAUGGCUUCCGGGGCGGGGGAGGGGGAGGGGGCGGGGGAGGGGGCGGGGGAGGGGGAGGGGGCGGGGGCGGGGGGCCCACCCCGCCCCACCCCCACGGGGUCUUCCGCAUCUACCCCCGGCACCGGGUGCACCCCGAGCCGCUCAGCCCCUUCCCGGUGUCGCCCAUGGCGACGGGGGGGGCGCUGCUGGCCCCGCCCCUCUCGCCCGCCCUUUCGGUCACCCCCACCCACCUGAGCUACACCCCAUCGCCCAGCCUGAGCCCCAUGUACCCGGGGGCCAGCCACUUCUCCUUCAACCCCGACGACAUGAAGCGCUACCUCCAGGCCCACACUCAGAGCGUCUACAACUACCACCUCAGCCCCCGCGCCUUCCUGCACUACCCCAACAUCGUGGUCCCCCAGCCCCAGAGGCCUGACAACAAGGCCCACCACCACCACCCGCACCACCCGCACCACCACCCCCCGCACCACCACCCCCCGCACCACCACCCCCCGCACCCACCGCCCCCCCUCCCCCCCUUGCCCCUGCCCCCCUUGGCCCCCGAGGAGACCCCCUCCUUCAAGUUCAAGCUCCAGCCCCCUCCCCCGGGCCGCAAGAACCGGGAGAAGGCCCAGCCGCCGGGCCAGGGGGCCGAGGAAGGGGAGGAGGAGGCCCCGGGCUGCAGCCGGCCCCUGCCCCAGAUUAAAGUGGAGCCCAUCUCGGACCCCGAGGAGGAGGAGGAGGAGGAGGAGGUGACGGUGGAGGUGACGGACAUCAGCGAGGAGGAGGAAGAGGAGGAGGAGGGGGAGGGGGAGGGGGAGGGGGAGGAGGAGGAGGAGGAGGAGGAGGAGGACGGGGAGGUGUUCAAGACCCCGACGGCCGUCGAGGCCCCGCCGCCCCCUCCCCCCCAGCCGGUGGCGCCGGCCCCCGCCUCCUCCGCUCCUGGCCCUCCCUUCGCCGCGGGCAGGCCGGACGCCCGCUGCAUCCCGCUCAAGCUGCGCUUCAAGAGGAGGUGGAGCGAGGACCAGCGGGUCGAGGCCGCAGCCGAGGAGAUGGAUGAUAAGAAGGCGCGGGCCGAGGGGCACCUGGACCCCCUCCCGGGGUGUCCGGGGUCUGCCCGACGCGAGAGCACCGACCUCCAGCAGGCCACGGCCGAACUGUCUCUGGAGAACAAGGAGUCAUGACGCGGUCUCUCUCUCUCUCUCUCUCUCUCUCUCUCUCUUUCCCCUCUUCCCUCUCUCCCCCGCACUCCCUUUCUCUCUCUCUCUCUCUCCCUCUCUCCCUCUCUCUCUCUCUGGAGCUCCCCAACCC